AGCCAGUACCAAAUGCGCACACUCACACUCACACCCCCUCCCUCUCCUCCCUCCCUCUCUCUUCCUCCUCCCCUCUCUUGCACCAGACACUGGCUGGCUUGCAGCUUGCAGACAGCAUGUGCAACAGAGGAAAAAAACCAGCUCUCUUGUUCUGUAGCGGCGCAGCAGUUCUUAUGACAGUGCUCGGAGGUCUCCCAGACGUUCUCCCUCCUUCCUUCCUGAUCUGAAGCUCUUGUCCAUUUCUGUUCCAGCCAGCCCGCGAGCAGAACAAGAGCUUUGUAUUAUGUGUGUCUUUGGUUUUCUGUUGGAAAUCUGCCUGUGAGAGGAAGAGGGCUUUGUCUUCAAAGAUCAGCUGUAGCCAGCGGGAGUCCAAGCCCACCCAGUCAGUCGGGAGAGCGACGCAGCCUGCAGAGUUGCGAUGGCAGAUGGCCGGCAGCCUGAGGACAGCGCCCCCCAGUGGGCACCCCCGGGGCCUCGCACCGAUCCUGGCGCUCACUCCCACGGCCCACCGCCUGACUACAAGGACUCGGCGCCCCCUGCUGCCCGCAGUGAGAAUGGGUACUCCUCCUACCAGGGCUGUCAGCCUGGGGAAUCCCACGCAGCCCCUUACUCUGCUGCCCGGGAAAAUGGCUUCAAUGGAGACCUGGCGUCUGGAGAUGUAGUCACGGCAGAACAAGUGUCGGCUCGGAUCGUGCAGGAGGUGACAGCGGAGGCAGUAGCGGUGCUGAAGGGGGAGCAGGAUCCCCACAAGGACACGGCCAAGAGGCUGCCCUCAGUUGAAGACUCUGCCAAUUUGCCACCCUCCCCUCCCCCCUCUCCGGCCUCAGAGCAGAUCGGACCCCUGGAGGAAGAUGUAGGGGAUGAGGAGAAGGCAGGCCCUCUCCGACGGUUCCAAAAUUCUCGGGAGAGGUGCAAGUUCCUAGCCCCCUCCAUCUCGGUGUCUGUGCCCGACGAUGAUCCCUACCACUCUGAUGACGAGUACUAUGAGCACCCCUUAUUCAGCUCCGAGUGGACUCACUCUGGCUCUCGCCCCUCAGGGCAAGCUGCCAUGUUUAGACAGAUUGAAGUAGAAGAGACCAUAGAGGCUCUUUCAGCAGCCGAAGAGGAAGAGUGGACUACAGCAGCAACAGCAGCUCUUGUGGAGCAAGAGCAGCAGAGGAGUGGGGAGGAGCCUGAGCAGGGGCCUGCUGCUUCUGAGCACUUAGAGCAGGCAGAAAUAAUAAGCGAGGCCCAGGCUCAGUUCUGUCCGCAGGCCGAGGCAGCUAGUGUACCCACAGAGGCACCCAACGGGAGGGGCGAUGAGGCAGGGUUGGAAAAGUGCCCUCAGGAAGCCCUGAAGAUGGACACAGGAAGGCCAGCAGGGCCCAGCAGUGAGCUGACCUCUCCCUUCUGCUCAGAUCACAAAGAUGCUGAAAAGCAACAGGGGGAGCCAUCCAAACUACAAGCAACAACCGAACUGCAAGCUCUCGUUCCAUCAGGAAAAGAUGAACAAACCCCUCAGCCCAGAAUCUUGGAAACUGUCCCCCAAAAACCUAUUGAACCUGCUACUGUUCACGAGGCACCUAAGAUCGAGCAAGGUCCCGUUCCAGCUGCCAGUUCUCCUUCAAAUGGCCAGAUCCACCCCAAAGAAACGUCAGAGCCCUCAGCAAAACAGUCAGAUGAUGCAAAAGGAAAAGAGUCUGGUAUAACCUCUGAGCAGCAAUAUCAACCAGAGGAAACCAAGAAACAGGAUACCUUACUAACAGAUGCACAAAAAGAAGAAGAGGGGAUUUCUUCCAAGGAUCCCAAAAGUGUUUCUGAAACAAAGACCGGUACUGCUGAAAAACAGCCAUCAUCUGAAGUGCAGGAGCCUGGCAGUCCAGUGGCUCUAGUCACAAAAGGGCUGCCGGUUGACUUCAAGACUGAGCUGCUGCCUGAUGACACAAUAGGUCAGGACAAAACAGAAGGUAAACCUGGCACCACGCCGAAACCUGAGGACAUUGGUGCUAAAAAGGAGGAGAAACAAGCUAAGGGUGAUGAAUUGGAGAAAAGAGAAGAGAACCCGGAAAAGGUAGUGAUUAAACCAGAAACACAUGACUAUGAGACUUCUUUGGCAGGAACACAACUACUAGAAAGUGACAUUUUCUUACCAGGACGUUUAGAUGCAGUGAAAGAAUUAGGGACUCCUAGCCAUGAAGAGCACAAAGAGGGAACUGCUAGUGCCAAGUCUGCAGAACAGUCAGUAGAUAAAGAUCUGAAAGAGGAUUUGUCAACUCCUGUGGUCGUGUCAGACUUCAAGACAAAGGAGGAGACUCCCACUGAAGUCCCAGAGCAGCCAAGCACAGAAAAAAAGGUGGCAGGUAAAGAGGUAAUGCAAGACCAAGUGCAACCAGAUGAACCACAAACAGAGGAACCCUCAAGUGUCUUGGACCUGCCCAUGGAAAGCCUUGAGAAAGACAAGUCGGGGAUGUCAGCUUAUUUUGAGACAUCAGCCUUGAAGGAAGAGGAAGCCAAGGGGGAUGCUGAGCAAAGCGAGGAUUACUACGAGCUCAGUGACGCAAGAGAGAAGACUUCUACAUCUCCAGUUGUUGUAGCAGAUGUGUGUGGGAAAACUGAGAAGCUCCAGGCAGCAGUGGAUACUGCCUUACCCCACGAAAUUAGCUACAGCACAUUGGCUCAGGCACAACUAUCGGAAGACAAAACAGAUGCCAGGAAGAGUCCAGUAGAGGAAUUGAAAGCCCUCCCAACGUUGGAAAAGAAGAAGGAUGAGAGUAGGCUCUCAGCAGGCAGGUUAUCUUUGGAGCAGAGAAGUUACUCUCUGAACAUCCCCAUUGCUUCCUUGGAAGCUCUGAAUCAAGGAGGGGGUCACGGGCGUCCAAGGACCUUCUCACCUCUGGCUACAGAUAUUAUGUCUUUCACCAGUGGUAGCUUAGAUGAGCCAACAGAUUACCUUCCAGUAACCACACCUUCAGUAGAAAAGCAGCCAGUUUUCCCUCCUUUGAUUCUGGAAACCUCUGCUACAGCUCCCACUUCUUCGCCCCCUGUUCUGGCUGCGGAGAUGAAAACCAGCCCGCAGGCAGAGUCACCUACCGAAUCUCCUUUCCCAUUGAAGGACUAUUACAAAAAUGGCACUGUGAUGGCUCCUGACCUUCCUGAAAUGCUAGAUCUAGCAGGCACAAGAUCCAGACUGACAUCAGAGAGCGCUGACCCUGAGAUAGUGAGAAGAAAGUCAGUUCCCGCAGAUGUGCCAGCCCUUAUGGGUGACAGCUUGGCCCAGUUCGGUUGGGUAGACAAGAGUCAGAAGGUAGCUAGAAGUGAAAGCCAACUGGAAGAGAUUGGAUAUUGCAUUUUCAAUGAGUAUACAGGGCCCAUGCCCUCACCUGCUGAUGUGCAUAGUCCAAUGGACUCACCUCCUCAGAUUUUCACCACACUUGUCAUGGAAGAGGAUAAAGAAGAGGGAAUUACAGUACCUGAGGCACAGAAAGCAAAGGAGGAGGAAAGCUGGAGAGCAGAAGCCAUGAAAAAAGAGGAAAGUGAGGCUGAGGACAAAUCUAAAAUUGUGACUCAACUGGUAUCUGAAGUAGACAAAGCAGUAAUGGAUGUUAUAAAGGAAGAUUCAGUGGCUGACAUGGUUGGAAUAAAAGAAAUUGGGGAAAAGGAAAGUGUGGCUGUUGAGGAAGCCAGUGCAGAAAGUGACAAAUUGGACACAGGAGCCAAAAGUGUUGUAAUAGUGCAUGAAGAAGAAAAAGUAAAAGAACAUGAUCUCACUUCUAAAGCUGGACCCAUUUCUAAUAUCCAAGGGCAAGUAAUUCCAGAGGUUGAAGAGCAGGAGCUUUCAAGAGACAGUACGUCUCCUGUCCCACCAGAGAUAGAUGACACAGGAUCCAAGGAAGUGAAGCUUAGUGAAGGUUCUGAGGUUGAGUCUACAGCUGUGCAUGCACAACCAGUUACCCUUGAAAGCACAAAUAUCGAGCCUGAAGUAGAACCUAAAGCAGAUUCUGAGCCCAAACCUGAGGAUUCUGAAAAGCUAUUGAAACUAGAAGGCCGCCCUUUGAGUGUAGAAGAAGCACGGGAGCUGCAGGAAAUGAAAGAGAAAAUGAAAGAGAAGCCAGAUUUGGUGCACCAGGAAGCCUAUGAAGAGGUAGAUGCAGAAGAAGUCUACACAGGUGUGCUAAGCAAAGAACGAGUGUCCAAACCUGAAACCACCAAACAGAUGCCAUCUACUGACAGCACUUCAGAGGAAGAAAAAAUUGAAAUACAGGAACCAGAAAAGCCUAAGCAGCCAGAGGAGGUACUGGUACCCAAAGCAGAGCUGGUAGGUGAGGAGACUCCAAAGGAAUCCCUAGCUGUUUCUGCAAAGGAGGAGGAGCCUGCAGCAGUGACACUGGAAGUCACAGGAGAAGAACUGAAAGAGAAGGAAGGUGAAGAAGAAGUGGAAAUGGCUGAAGAACCAGAAGAGGUCCUGGAGGAAGUCAAGGAACCCGUCUCACUGGAAAAGCAGGAAGAGGAAGAGGAAGGGUUGAGUGGUGAAGCUGGUGCUGAGGAAGCACUGGAACCCAGAGGGGUCAUUGAGUCAGUCGUCACUGUGGAAGACGACUUCAUUACUGUGGUUCAGACUAUCGAUGAGGGCGAGGAGCCCUGCCACAGCGUGAGGUUCUCUGCACCCACUGAAGAAGAGCCACAACGGGUGAGCUCUAAGGAAGAGGAGGAGGAGCAGGAGGAGGAAGAACAAACAGAGGAAGCAGAGGUUGAGGGCGCAAGCCUGGAGGAGGCUUCUGAGGUUCCUGCCUCUCCUGCGAAGGAGGAGGUUCCUGAGUCUGAAUGUAGAACAGAGACAUAUGAUGACUACAAAGAUGAAACUACCAUUGAUGACUCCAUAUUGGAUACAGACAGUGCCUGGGUGGACACUCAAGAUGACGACAGGAGUAUCAUGACUGAAAAGAUCGAACCACUUCCCAAAACGGAGAGCCUUGAAAUCAGAAAACCCUCUGUGGAAAAACUCACAAAGGAGAAGGGAAUGGGUAGGGGGAAGGGUCGGGUCUCCACUCCUGAGCGCAAGCCAGCCAGAAAGGAGCCCAGUUCUGUCCCCAGGGAUGAGAUGAAGAAGAAAAAAGCAGUGUUUAAGAAGGCUGAAAUAACUAAAAAAACAGACAUACAGACCCGAUCUCCUUCCCGGAAAAUUGUAUUAAAACCUGCUGUCAGAUACCCUAGACCAGCUCAGCAUCACGCCUGUGCUAAACGGAAACCAACAGCUGUGGCCGUGACAGAAGGGAGGCAGCCCCUCAGCGUGGCCAGGCAGACCAGGGACAGAGUCACAAACUCAUCCCCCUCUGCACUCACAAAGAUCCCUACCUCUAAAGUGCGGGCCUCAGCCCUGCUCCCUCCCAGACCCAGCUCGGCUUGCUCGUUCACUAAAAAGACCUCUUACCUCGAGUCAGAGCUGUAUGGCCCGCGACCGUCCUCCGCAGGGCCCAGAGACUACCACACAAACCACAGCCCCUUAGCCAAGGAUGGCAGCUCACGGAGCCCAGAGAAGCGCUCGGCUCUCCCCAGGCCUUCCUCCAUCCUGACCUCCCGCCGCGGCCCAGCUGCGGACCACGACGAGAGCUCCACCUCGAUCACCAGCUCCGGCUCCACGGCGCCUCGCCGCCCCACCUCAUUCCGUUCUGAAGGAAGAGCCGAGCAGAGAGCCGGGAGAAACCCCAGUAUGACAGGGACGGAGUCGGCCCGCUCCAGGUCGGCCAGGAGUGGCACCUCCACUCCCCGCACUCCGGGUUCCACGGCCAUCACCCCCGGAACCCCACCCAGCUACUCCUGCCGCACCCCAGGGACCCCCGGCACGCCCAGCUAUCCCCGGACUCCUCGCACGCCCGGCACGCCCAAGUCCAUGAGCCUGGUGCCCCAGGAGAAGAAGGUGGCCAUCAUCCGCACCCCACCCAAGUCGCCCGCCACCCCCAAGCAGCUCCGCGUCAUCAACCAGCCCUUGCCUGACCUGAAGAACGUCAAGUCCAAGAUCGGCUCCACGGACAACAUCAAGUAUCAGCCCAAAGGGGGACAGAUUCAGAUUUUAAACAAGAAGCUGGACUUCAGCCACGUUCAGUCUAAGUGUGGAUCCAAGGAUAACCUGAAGCACUCGCCUCGUGGAGGCAAUGUUUUCAUACCAAGUGUAAAACUCGAUUAUAGCCAUGUUCAGGCUAAGUGUGGCUCCCUGGAUAAAAGACAUUAUUCUUCUGCAGAAGCAAACGUACAAAUUCAGACUAAGAAGAUUGACCUGAGUCAUGUGACAUCAAAAUGUGGAUCUCUGGCCAACAUCCGCCACAAGCCAGGUGGUGGGAAUGUGAAGAUUGAGAGUGUGAAACUGGACUUUAAGGACAAGGCCCAGGCCAAGGUGGGCUCUCUUGAAAAUGCCCAUCAUGUGCCCGGAGGGGGUCACGUACAGAUCGAGAGCCACAAGCUGCAGUUCCGGGAGGCGGCACGGGCCCGUGUGGACCACGGCGCGGAAAUCGUGACCCAGUCUCCAGGGAUGUCGGGCACCGCCUCCCCCCACCGCCUCAGCAACGUUUCCUCCUCCGGCAGCAUCAACCUGCUGGAGUCGCCGCAGCUGGCCACACUGGCCGAGGAUGUGACCGCCGCGCUGGCCAAGCAGGGCUUGUGAGCGCCCCCACCCACCCCACCACCACCACCACCUCUCCUUCUGCCCCCUCCGUCCGUCUGUCGAGCCAUGGCACCCCUCUCGUCAGUCCCGCUGUCCCGCGUCACACGAUUCCAAGCAGCAGCGAGUCCUCUGCGUCAUCCCUUCUUCAUGGCACGGCAUGACAUGACAGUGUCCCGGAGCCUGCUAACAAGGAGAGUGGUGCCCUGCGUCAUCCCUCAGAUUGAAAAACAAAUUUCGAAGUUCGCCUCCUGAGACUGUAGUGACUGUGUUCUAGAAAAAAAAAUCCCCAAAACAAAGUUGUUUUGUUCAUAUCAGAGGAGGUACAUGUUUGGGUUUUCUUUCCUUUUUUUCGGUUUUCGGUUUUACUUUUUUAUGAUAGGUGCAAAGUGACGUUAACAUUCCAUGCAGCAAAUGUUGUUCUGCUUUGUCUACGCAUGGACGCCAGAUACAAAAACUCAUUUUAUAGCUGCCCUCUGGCAGGUCACGCUAGUCCAGGCAACAUUGCUAUAUAUAUAUACUAUAUACGCGUACAUACCAGGCUAUGUCAGCAGCACCUCUGCAGUUAACUCAAAAAAAGAGAUAACACUUCAAAUAACUUAUAAAUUGCAUUAUUGCAAGAACUAGAUUCCAUUAUGAUGAGCAUGUGUCAGUUCUAGUUGCAAAAAGAGGUUAUUUUCUAUUUAAAAAUUUAGUAAGUUAUUUACCAAAUUAGAGGAUAAAUGAAGUACUUGUUUUGUAGAUAUUAGUGAUUACAUUACACUUGAUAAUGGUUCCGGGUGGUUGUCUUUUCGUCUGGCAUUACCCAAGGAUCAAUAUUUCAGCACUGUCACAGCAAGGUGGUAGAAUAAUUGUUUUACAGCAGAGCUGUAUUACAAAUCAUGGGGCUCCUUUACAACUAGAUGUUGUUCCUAGGAAUUACCAUUUUGAUUUUCAUGGACUGUUUGCUCUCCUGACUGUCCAAAGUCAGCAAAUAGUGAGGCUGUGAAAUACCAGAUCUCCUUUCUGGGUGCAUAUCUCAGUCUCAGUACUGAAAGAAGUCAGAUGUAUCCCAGUAAGCUCAGUAUUAGUCUAUUAUCAUCAACAAUUGAGUAUAAUUUCACACCACAACACAUCAUGAGAAUGGUACAAGCAUAAACUCAGUUGAAGGAACUUGAAUGUGCUCCCUGCAUUUAAUUUCUGAAAUGCAGUGAGAAAUUUAAAACUGCACUUGAAUCUCAAAGAAAAAUGUGCGUGUACUUUGGAAAGGGACCUUUGAUAGCUGAGAGCUUGCAGUCAUUUGAGGAAUUGUGUUGAUUAAUUAUGGUAUUAUUUAAGACUAUUACAUUUAGGGAGCAGCUAAUUUGAACAGUUAAAUGUGUUCUGGACCUGUAUCUGUUCAAUUAACAUUAGGGCACUAGGUUUUUGUGUAUAAAUAUAAAACUAGACAAAAAAAGAAGGGAGAAUCAUACUCAUCUUUCAUCCAUUUGAUAAAGUGUUAUAGUAUAAUUUUCUCUGUCACCAUUUGUGGUAUCCCUUACAAAAAUACCUAAUGUAUGUUAAAGCUUUUCCUUGCAGUAUUGUGUUUCCUGCACCCUGCCGUGUAAAUGUUUUAAGAGGUUGUCAUGUAGUUGUAUGCAGUUUUUCCCUGUUUAAAUAAUAAUAAUAAAAAAAAUUAAAAAUGCUCUUAAACAAGAAAAAAGUAAAAAAUAGCAUGAAGUGCUUUUCUGUAACAUCCAAAAGCAGUGACCCGAAUUUUAGUGCCAGAUGUUUAUGUGAUGCUAGCUUAACAAAUCCAUUGACAGUAUUUGAAGGGGUACAGAGCAAAAGUCACGUGUGAGGUUCAGAGAGGGUCUCCAAACUUUAGGCAUAGGCUUCCCAGGAGAUUUGGAUGACUCUGUUGCUGCAAGAUAGUUGGAAACCAUCCGAUCAUCAUGCCACUGCUUUGCUGAAGUCGAACAACAGCAACACCCUGAGGAUUAGGGUAGACUGAUAGACCCGAAUAGAUUCUGUCAUAAGCUGGUAGCAUUUGGGAUGCAGGGUCUUUAGGAAGACAUUUCUACAGCGUAUAUCUUUCAUUCACCUUCAGUUGUCCCAUUUAAAGAAGAAAAACUGUUUCUUUGAAACACAAAUGCAGCCUGAACACUGACCACAUGGGAAGAGUUUGAAAGAUAAUUGUGAUCUGUGAUCCUGAAAGAAGAUUGCCUCGUUAUACGUAGGUUUUUGUGGAGAAAAGCAAAUGGAGUUUGGGAAAGUAAGGUUUGAGAAACGGAUGACUGUUCUAGAUUUCAAUAUAAACUGAGUUAUGUACUCAACAUCUGUUCUGACUCAUUCAAUUUUUUUAUGGCCACUCAAAACAGGAUCACUGGGUGAUGCAGGUAUAUUGAAGAUAUUUGUAACAUGACUGUAGAUUAUAUACAGUAUUAAGUAAGGAGGAGUACACAGAUUUCUACAGUCCAUCCAUUCUGUUCAUUUCUGAUAGACAAUUCUGUAAUAUUGCAUUUUUGUGCUGAUCAGAAACAAUUUGUUUGCAUGGCCUGAAGAUGUAAGGAGUCUUCAGUUUGCUGACGUUACAAGAAAAUAACUGAGGAUCUGAAAACAAUUGAGCUGCGGUGCUGUUUUGGAACAGAAUUGGUGUCAUGGUACCAAGUAGUAGUAGUUUGUAGAUUGAAGUCCCACAAUUGUCCAUGGGACGUAUUUUCAUGUUAUGAAACUGAAAUGUGCUAGUUUAAAGCGACUCAUACAAAGAGUUUUCAUUUUCUGUUACAAAAGGGAUGAGAUGAUAAAGUGCUGUGCCCAUUGCUUGUCGGGAUAGGCUCCGGCACCCCUGCAAUCCUGUAUUGGAUAAAGCCGAUAGAAAAUAAAUGGAUUAUAAAAUAACUUACUGUACUGUGUUGAACAGCAGUAAAAAUCAUUUAGUUUGUUUCCAUGGGUUAAUUUCAAACUAUUCUCUUUGACAGAAAUCAAGACAGAAUUCUGAACACUAAUGCAGUUCAGUCAUUCUGCAUUUUUGCUUAAAAAUAAACUCUUUAUGUAUUUAAAGGAUCCUUCAAUGAGGCAUCAAAAUGGACAUUUUUUUCACUAUAACAACUGGAAUUAUUAAUAAAUUCUGAAUUGCUGGGUACCUACAUUUGAUCGCUUGCUGUGAUGUAGACUUUAGUGUAUUAGGAUUUUUUGUGUUCUGUAAAAAAGAUUGCUGGAUUUCUGACAGCACCCAGCCUAGCUACAGUUAUCCUUUCCUGAACGUGCUCUUCUGCCAAUUUGUCUGCCAAAAUUACAUGUAGGAAAUUCACUCCACUUUCCAUGUAUGUUUCAUGACAGAUUCAUAGCUUGGAAAUUUUGUGAAAUGCUUUUCUCCGAUAGACAUUCAGCAUUAGCUGAUCCAUAGAGGGACUUUUCCCGUAUAGCACAGUAUAAUAAAGUCGCUGUCCAGUAUAAUAGUACGGUCCCUGUACAGGGCUGGUAUAAUAAAUAGUAUUCUAAAGCUUGCCUUCAUAAAAUCCCACUUUGGAAAAUUUGAAAUAUGGCUUUAGCCCCUUUUCUGUAGUAUUGCCAUAGUUUUGCUUUGGAUUCUACAAGUUUGCGGACUGCUUUACUGCACUAGACCGUGGAAAUGACUAUCAUGAGAACCCAAGAUAAAUGUCUCUAAGGCAGGAUGCAGUACAUCAUGGUAUUUUCAUGGUCCAAUGUAAACAUGUUGAAGCAACAAGACUGUAGUACAACCACAUCAUGCAAUGGUCUUAUGGAAAUAUACUGUAGUAAGGUUAUGUAAAGGGAAUUAAAAACCACAAGAACUCAAAAAAUGUUAAAGGGAUCACACCUUAGUUCUAUGUCAUGCAUUUGUGGUGGGAAGGAUCUUCAAGUUCCAAUUUUAAAUGCCCAGCUCCUGCUUUUUCAUUGACCAACAAUCCCACGUCACCUGAAUACCUGCCAUACUGUAUGUAAAACACCUGAGAGACACUGUAUACAGCGUUUGUUGCAGUACAGUCAUGCAUCUUUUUUUCUUACUGGGUUCAUUUUAUGAUCUGGAUUUAAAAUGGCUUUUAAACAUUUGGUUACCCUUUUACAUCCCUGGUACUAACAAGUUUGCUUAGGUGCUUAUGGAAGGAAAUGUGAUUCCAAACCCAAUUCCACCCUGCUUGCAGGUGGAAACAACAUAAGCUGUACUUGGAACACUGGAGCACCUAUGUGUGAAAGGGAGGGACCGUGACAAAGAUGGUUUUGAGCAUAAGACCGACGUGAUGCCCUCUUUCCCGGAAAAAAAACAGCACAUUUAUAUGGCAGGAAAUUAGGUCCUGCUGUUACUAAUAUGGUUCUAUAGGUUUCCCGCUGUGGAGAGAAGAAAGAAAUUGACUUCAAAAAGAAAGAUGGGCAGAAGAAAAUAUGAAAAAAUGUCUCUGUAACAAAAUGUAAUGAAUUACAGAUUUUGAGUUCUGUGACUUGCACAGAGACUGAAGAUUGAAAUGAAAAUGUAAGUGGUAAGAACAGGAUUUGGGCUGUUGCUGGGGCGUUCUACUUCAGCAAAGCAGACAAGGCAGGCCCUGGAAGCCAGCAUUCUCGGUUUGAUGAAAAUCCCUGUGGGCCUUCUCAUUUUUGGUCCUACUGGUUAAUGGUGCAGUGGGCAGUUUCUCAUAUGUCUUUGCGUCCUGUGUCCUUAAGCAGCAAAAGGUAAAAAUCCAUUGUACAGUCCAGCGUGGAAUGAACACUAGGAAAGUGCUUCUGAUACUCAGAUAGCUUGCUUCAGCUGGUCAGUAGGCCCCUGUGAAGGGAACCUCACCCCACCCCCGCGGAGUGCACAAGGUCAGAAUAGUCUUUUCAGAAGUCAGACAAGAAGAGCCCCUCUGUUUUCGGAGGUUUCAAUGAAGGGACCGCAGGGAACUUUGUGAUGGGCUGGUGGUAGCUAGUUCUUUUACAAUCCAAUUUGCACUUGUAUUUGUUGCUGUAUAGUGAUUGUUUUGCAAAAAUAAAAUCGCUUCUCAUGUACUGCU